GCACAAAGUCACAAACCCUAAAUGCAUUACUUUCUAUAAACUACCCAAGCAGCCCUCACUACUCUUUUCCAAUAUUCGACGCACACUUACCGACUUUUCUCUCCUCUUGCAUGGAAUAAGGGCGGCUACUCUAAUUCGCUUUGCCUUUUUUCUCAUAUAUUUGUUUUUUUCUUGAAACAUAAGUACGAGAAGGAUGUCUCGCACGUGCUCGCAGUGCGGGAACAACGGCCACAACUCCCGGACGUGCACGGAGGCCAGCGGCGGCGGCGGCGGAGAGAACGCGAUCAUGCUGUUCGGCGUGCGUGUCACGGAAGGCAACUCGUUCAGGAAGAGCGCCAGUAUGACCAAUCUCUCCCAGUACGAUCAGCAGCCUCAGGAUUCCAACCCUGACUCCGGGUACGCUUCCGACGACGUCGUUCACCCCUCCGGCCGCAGCCGCGAGCGCAAGAGAGGGGUGCCAUGGACGGAGGAGGAGCACAGGCUCUUCUUGCUGGGGUUGCAGAAGGUAGGGAAAGGAGAUUGGAGAGGGAUCUCUAGGAACUUUGUGAAAACGAGAACUCCAACUCAGGUGGCGAGCCAUGCUCAGAAGUACUUUCUCCGCCGGACUAAUCAGAAUCGGAGACGCCGGAGAUCUAGUCUCUUUGACAUCACUGCCGACACGUUUAUGGGUUCGUCAAUGGACGGGGAUCAACUACUAGUCAACCCAGAAACUGCGCCGGUACCGAAGCCACUGCCACUUCUAAGCCAUAGUCUUGGCGGAUUUCCGCCGUCAACUUUUCCCGUGACGCUUGCUCCGGUGGUGGUGCCACUCGGUGGUGAAAACCCAGCGGAAAAUCUCUCACUAGGACCCAACAGUCAUAUGAGGACGUCAAGCAAACCCAUAAGGCCGAAACCGAUUCUUCCAGUCCCUCCAUCUUCGAAAAUGGCUGAGCUUAAUCUGAAUCAGAAAACUUCCGCGGAGCUCCUGCCUUUGUCACUGAAGCUCUCUCCGGCAUCGUCGGAUGAGCCGCCGUCGCCGUCGACGCACACGCCAGCUUUUCAGGCCAUGCCCGGGAACUUCGGUAGCGGUGGAGAUAGCAUCAUCAGUGUUGCUUGAGGGAAUAUUAUAUGUUAAAGUCUGUGUGUAAAGGGUUGCGGUUCAAAGUUGGCAUUAGAUAUGAUAAGAUUUAAUUUAAUUAGGAUAAUAUUAGGUUAAUUAGUUAUUUAAUUCCUUGCUUGUAAAGAAUUAGAUAAAUUUAGUGAAGCUGGGAUGUCGUUUUCUAUGUAGUGGAUUCUUGUUUAAUUUGUCUAGUUUCUUUUGGGUCGAGAUGAUAGAGCACCAGGUACCCCUUCAGCUGCCUAUCUCGUGUUGCUGCUUUCUUGGAGCUUCAACUUGGACAAAUAUCUGAAACCUGAAUAUAUUCUUUAGCUUUAUAUGAUAAUCCUAUUUAUUUUGGUUUUUCUACAA